AUGGCUCUUCUGUCGCCGCUUGUGUUGCCUCCACAUCGGAAGCCCACUUCUGAUGAUAUGGACCCUGCAGUACGGGCUACUGUUCAAAAGAUCGUCGGUGAAAUCCUCGCGAGCUCUCCAGGAAUGGGCCUAACCAAAGACGCCCGCGAUCUCCUCAUUGAAUGUUGCGUCGAAUUUAUUACUCUCAUCUCCUCCGAGGCCAACGAAAUCAGCGAGCAAGAGAGCAAGAAGACCAUCGCCUGCGAGCACAUCACUAAAGCCCUCGAGCAACUGGGCUUUGGAGACUACGUACACGGUAUUAUGGAGGUGGCUAAUGAGUACAAGGAGCAGCUGAAGGGUCGCGAGAAGAAAGCCAACAAGCUCGAGCAAAGCGGUCUCUCGACUGAACAACUCCUGGCUAUGCAAGAGGCUGCUUUCAAAGACGCUGCGCAACGACACGGGUGA